AUGAACGCUUUUCACCCCUCCAGUGGCGGCCCGCGUUCGACACACACCAUCCGCAUCUUGGGUACAGUGAGUGGGCUCCGGGGCGAUACAGCAACGAUCACAUGCGGCAACAACGGUGAUGUUACACUCAUCCUGAAGCCAGAUUCGCAUCUGCAGAUGGGCAAGUUGGUAGAGGUGGUCGGCAAGGUUACAGAUCUCGACGGCGGACAGGGCCUCGGCAUCCGGGUGUUGGGCAUGACAGACUGGGGUAACCCCGCCGAUUGCGACUACAAAAUCUACGAACAAGUGGUUGAGGCCACCCACCGCUUCAAGCCUAUUUUCUACGAUGCCGAGUAA